UGAGGAUGACCCUCAAAGAGCCUCAUUUUAGUUUCAAGUGUCGCAGCAAAUGUUAAAACUAUAGUAGAUCGUUACUCCUUUCAAUAAAAAAUUUCCAUAACUCUGCGAACCACAGCUUACAGGGCCAACAGGAAUUUUUUCUUUAGAUAAUUAAACAUAAUUGAGCAUGCCCAGGAGUAAGAAACGAGGAGCCAGUAAGGCAAAGGCAACAGAGGAGGUUCCUUCCAAUGUUGCGGAGAUGCCAGCAGGGAGAAGAACACGGGGGUCAGCCUCUCAGAGCCCUGCCCCAAAAAAAUCAACACCUAAAGCCUCCCCAAGUCCAGCACCCAAAUCCAGAAGUAGAAGCAGAUCAAAUCUAUCUACAGAAGAGCCAAAAAGAGGAAGAUCUCGAGGAAAAGAUGAUAGUGCAGAAGAAACUGGGAGAGUAACAAGAGCUGUGGUGCAGGAAGCUGAAGAUUCUCCUAAGAGAGGUCGGUCCACAUCCAGGAGAGGAAAACCAGUAAGUGGACCAGCCCCGAAACCAGCUGCUCCCGCUAGAAGUCGGUCUAGACGGACGGCAUCUUCAGCGAAGCGGACACCAAAAGCCAGGAAGGCACCAGCCAGGAGUGGUCGAAGUAGAAGUGCCCGUGGUAAGAAAGAACUUGAGGAGGAUAUUGAAAGUGAAGAGGAGGAAGAAGAAGAGGAGGAAGUUGAGAAGCCAGCAAAAUCCACUCCUAAACGAAGAGGGAGAGCUACGAAAGCGUCUCCUAAAAAAUCCCCAUCUCCAAAAAAGUCUCCAGCAAAGAAAAAAUCUCCAGCUAAGAGUGCAUCCAGAUCACGAAGUAGAGGAAAGCGAGAGAAGACUGAAGAGCAAGAAAGUCCUCUCCCUGAUGCACAAAUUGUCCUCACCAAAAUUGAUUCACCCAAGAAAACUGCAUCUCCUACCAAGACUUCAUCUCCUAGGGCAGCAAAGAAAACACCAUCACCAAGUCCUAAGAAAGCAACACGGUCACCCAGAAAGAAAACACCUCCAGCAGCUAGCACAGAGAGCCUGUCACAACAAGAAACUGUGGAUGAACAGGAGGAAAAGUCCGCAGAGGAUUCAACAGAAACAGAGGAGGAACAAGGAAGUGGAGAUGCAGGAAAAGUGGAGGAAGAAGCAAUGGAAACUUCAGAAUCAACAGAGCAAAGAGAAGAGCCUGAAGCUGUGGAAGAGGAAGAAAAAGCACCCAACAAAGAACAGGUAGUGACACCACCAGAGGAAAAGGCAGAGGAAUCUAUAGAGCCAGAAGAAGAGGAGGAAAAGCCUGUCCAAGGCAACGCUAUAGAAGCUAUAUCUGAAGAUGAAGUUGAAGAAAAUGAAAAGAAAACUGAAUUUUCACAACAGAAUCUGCUGAAAGAAAAUGGAGAUGAUGCAGAAGUACUCAGUCAGAAAAGGAAGUUUGAAGAGGUUCAGGAUGAAUUAGAGGAGGAAGAGGAAGAUUUAUCUGCAAAGAAGGCAAAACUAAGUGAAGAACCUCUUCUUCAGACAAAUGGUAAUCAGGAGGAAAGCAGCAUGGAAUCUGAAGCAAGUGAAGUGGUGAAGGAAAAUGUAGAGGAACCUGCAGCAGAUGUCGAAAAGGAUUAUGUUAUGGUUAAUAUGAAUGAAGUCCCAGCUGCUAAUAGUAGUGAAAUCUUAGAGAUUAUUCCUAAACCUGAAAAUGAGGAAGAAAAGAAGGUUCAAAGUGAUGAAGUAGAGGCAGAAGAAGAGCAGAUUGUGGAGGAGGUUAAGGAGCCAGAGGAGGUUGAGGGCCCAGGGAAAGAAAGUGAAGAUGUUGUAAUGGAGACAGAGGCAGCAGAAAUCCAGGAGGAAGUGGUAGAGGAACCCAUUCAGAAGGAAGUAUUUCAACCUCUAGAAAACGAGGAAGUAAUCCAGGAAGUUUGUGACAUUCCUGCUCCUCAACAGGAAGAAGUUCAAGUGGAAAGUAGUGUGCAGUCAAACCAUGCAGAAGAAAUUCAACCAACGGUGCAAUCGGUGAAUCCUAAAAUUAGUGAACAAUUACCAGUAUCAAAUCUAGACAAGCAAACUGGGGUAUUGAACAGGAGGUUCAUUAAAAACCCUGCCUUCCGGGAUGAUGUGGCAGACCCAGCUAAACAAUUUUCUGUGGUUAGUUACAAUGUUCUAGCCCAGUGCCACUUAGAGCGGAAUGACUACAGCUUUACUGAGCCUCAGUUCCUAGCUGCUGACCACCGUUACCAGAAACUGGUGACGGAGUUGAGGUACAUGGACGGGGAUAUUGUCUGUUUGCAGGAGGUGGAGCCACAGUUUUUUAAUAAUACACUGAUGGCUGCUAUGGAGGGGAUGGGGUAUGAUGGUUUAAUGAAGAAGCGGACAGAUGAUUACUGUAAUGAAGGAGAAGCCAUCUUCUACAAAACUAGUCGUUUUACCAGGGUUGAAUUUAACACAUACUCUAUGGCUGAUCUGGCAUUUAAGGAAAUAGAUGGAUUGGACCUCACACAGCAGGAGGCAAUCAGGGGAUACCUAGACCGUCCAGACGUGAUGGUCAUGGCCAAGCUCAAGUGUAAUAAAACUGGACAGGUCAUCACUGUUGGAAACAUCCAUGUCCACUGGGGGAAGAUGAAGGUUCCAGAUGUUCAAUGUAUACAAAUUGCAAGUGCCAUUAAAGAGGUAGUUAGUAAGGCUGGAAGUGACACGAAUCCUCACAUCCUGUGUGGGGACUUUAACUCGGAGGUGUCCAGUCCAGGCUACCUGCUCUGUACAGACGGCUAUUUGUCGGACUCCUGCAUUCAACAGCUACAGUUGCUGGAAAACUUACAGUUCCCAGAUGGAUCAAAAUCCUCAUUGAUCAACACUCUGUGGAGGGCAUUUCAACACACAUCUAGCAGCAUGAAAAGUGCUUACAACACUGCUCAGGGCCAGGAACCAAAUAUUACAUCCUACAACAAAGUGAUGAAGGCAGCGGUCGACUAUGUUUUCUUCAGCUCCAACUGUUUGGACAAUGUGGGUGUGUUGGAGGUUCCUUCAGAGGAAGCGAUCACGGAGACGGGAGGGAUACCCAAUGAAAUUUUCCCAUCAGACCAUGUAUCAAUCAAAGCUACAUUCUCAUUCAGAUAAAUAUCUUGUGUCAUAUCAUUGAAGAGCCACGCCUACAGAUCUAUUUCAUAAAAAUCAUUGGUUUAAUCAACGUCAAUCAUCCUUCACAAGUUCAUGUACCUCUAGAGCUGAUGGACUAGCAAACUAGUGCAGCUACUUUAAAAAUGAAACAGCUAGUGCCACCUGGUUCAAUAAGCCACCAGUUAUUAUUUUUGUAUCCAACCUGAAGUUCACAUUUUGACUAAAAUUGUAACUUCUCUGAAUUAAAAUCCCCACCCUUAUCUACCUUAUCUAAAAAGAAAAUCCAGAGAAACGUAGGAAGUGCUUCUUGAAUGAGGACCAGCGUUAUUUGUUGUUAUAUGAUGGAAUUAAAAGGUUUUUAUCAACAUUUGUGAAUUGAGUAUUUUAAUGUGUUUGAUGUUUUAUUCAUCUUUACUGAAGGUUUAAUUUGGAUUUCUGUGUUAAUUAAUGUUGAGAAGUGCCAUUAGGGGUCAAUAUUUGAUGUAUACAGUUUCCUCCCAAAAUUAAUAUAUUGCUGUGGAAUAUGUGACUAUUAAAAUUUUUACCGAUGUAAUGAAAUGACCAACUUAAAGUUAUGCACAUAUUGUUGUCAGUGGUCUUUCCACAAUUUCUAUUUAUCUCAAGUGUCGAAUUUUGAAGAUACAAUGCAAACAAACGUUUUUCUUGUUAAUGAAGCAUAUUUUACAAAUCAUAAAAUGUACAUUUAUUCUGACCUCAUAGAGGUUAAUCUAUUGACAAAUCAGGUGCUCUUUUCCCCCCUCUCAGUUAUUUAAUGCUUUUAUACAUGUAUGCCAAAAAUAAAUUUAUUGUGUUAUGUAGAUGAUUUCUUCCGAUAUUUUCGUGGUAACUUUUAGUUUAUUUUUAAAACCACCCGUAGGACAGCAUUAGUAAGUAAGCAGUCUUACUCUUGACGUUUUGGAUGCUAAAUAUUCCGCUGUAUGACGAUUUAUAUCCUUAAUAUGAUGUGGGGAAGUAAAACAUUUCUUUGUACAAAUUGGAUUUGAAAAAUAUCAAGUUCACAGUUUUUGUCGCACUGUUCUGUUCAUUGUAUAUUAUCCAUGUCCUCAUAUUUGGAAAACAAAAAAAAAUCUGUGUUUAGAAUUUCAUUUUCAGAGUUGUCGUUUUUUUGUACAGAUUAGAAAAUAUGUCUUUACUUAUAUAUAUAGCUAUUAAUCUCUAUUGACAGUUUUCCAUGUUUAUAGCAAAUAUUAUGUAUAAUAUGUAUACGAUAAUGAACUAGACUAUUUAAGGUGAGUAAGUACCAUUAAUAUUGAGUACCAUUAAUACUGUAAGACCCAUUAUACAGCAUUUAUAUGAUCUCGGUGAUUCUCACUGCAAUAAACAUUCACAUGUCCUGUAUAUUUACAUGCAAUUGGGGCAAUUAAAUUGCAAGGUUGGAUUUUGAAAUAAACAUGGCAAACUUU